AAGGCCACCAAUGAAGUCCUAGCAAGGAAUCGUAUGUAAGAGCGUCUGGAUUUUAGGUAGGACAUCAGCUGGUCCCUCUGAAGGUAGAAGAUUCCAUCUGUGUAACUAUAACAUCAAACUGCUAAAAUUCACUGCUUCAGUGUGGGGUUUACCUAAAAGUUAUAUAGAAAAAAAAGUCUGGCUCUGCAAAAAUGCUUCAUAUUUCCCCAAGUCUGAGGGCAAUACAUUUUUAAAAGAAACAGUAUUCUCUUCUAGCCCUCUGACCUUCACAAGGUUUGAAUAAGUGCUGGCCUACCAUUUGUUCCGGAGAAAGUUUAAUAGUCCACCCUGCAUGCUGCUAUUACAGAUUGUCUUCCCUCUUCCUGUGAAGAUGAUUUGGAGCUGCUACCACUACAGAGUGGCUACAGAUCAACAUUGUACUUAAGCUACAGGUAAAUGCAGCCUGGAUUCCCUCAUGGACCACCAAGGAGGAGUUCCAUGUUGUGACGUUGAUAGAAAGUGCUAAUAUGAGUAUGGUCGUCUCUGCAGAAGACGAGGGCUCUCACCCAUGGAUAUAAACAAUUUGGGGUCUUCAGGAAAUGUUUCCUUGCUUAUUAACACUUGAUGGUAUUUGACUUGGUUUCUACUGAGAGAUUAUUUAGCCUCUGGAGGAUCAGUUGGGACUCCCUGUCAGAUCAAUUCUUGGGUGGAGCUUGCAGCAACUCAGGCCUGUCCGUACUAGACUGACAAUAAAUAACUCUUUUGAGUGCUGAGAAGAGAUGGAAACUGCAGCUGAGAAAUGAUUUUGUGGAAAGGAAGCCAGAAAAGCACAAGCAAGCUAUUACGGAAAUACAAAUAGCUCUCUAUUUGUAGAGGAUCAGCAAAUGUACCAGAGUAGUAUCCUGGUACAUCCUUUGUGAUCUGCAAGACCGUCUGUGCUAGAAAUGGAUAACUUCACAAAUGGGCAGCCGGGCCCAGGACAGAGGAAUAGGUUGAUGGGACUGCUAGAAACAGAUGAUAGUAUCCAGGAAGAUAAACCUGCAUCUAGUAAAAAGGAAGAAAGAACAGGGCUACAUGGAAAGAAAGGAGAGCCACGGCCCUUGGAAACACCUUAUCAGAAGGAGAGCAGUGACUAUGCUCCUAAAAUCAAAAUUAAUUUGAACUUUCGUCCAGGACUAGUAAGCAACCAAAAGGACCCUAAUCGCUUUGACAGAGACAGGCUCUUCAGCGCAGUCUCAAGGGGCAGCCCCGAGGCACUGGAUGGCUUACUUGAGUACCUAAGGAGGACUUCUAAAUUUCUCACCAAUUCUGAAUACACAGAUGCAAAGACUGGGAAGACCUGCUUAAUGAAAGCCCUGCUGAAUUUAAAGAAUGGGAGAAAUGACACAAUCCCAGUUUUGCUGGAAAUAGACCAAAAGACAGAGAAUCCCAGGCCACUUGUCAACGUUGCGUGCUCUGAUUGUUACUACAGAGGCCAUACAGCACUCCAUAUUGCCAUAGAGAAGAGGAGCCUGGAUGUAGUGAAACUUCUAGUAGAGAAUGGAGCUGAUGUCCAUGCCAGAGCCCAUGGCGAAUUCUUCAAGAAGAAGAAAGAGGGAGUUUGCUUUUAUUUUGGUGAACUUCCUCUCUCCUUGGCUGCUUGUACCAACCAACCUGAGGUGGUGGAAUAUCUUCUAAACAAUCCCCACCAGAAAGCCAGGAUCCAGGAGCAGGAUACACAGGGCAACACAGUGCUCCAUGCACUGGUGAUGAUUGCAGAUGAUACCGAGGAGAACACCAAGUUUGUGAGCACAACCUAUGUUGAGAUCUUGAAGGCAGGUGUGAAAGUUGACCCAUCGUGCAAACUGGAGGAGAUAGUGAAUUAUGAUGGAUUAAAUCCUCUGCAGCUUGCUGCCAAGACGGGCAAAGUGGAGAUCUUUAAACACAUCAUCCAAAGAGAGAUCAAAGAUCCAGAGUACAGGCACCUGUCACGCAAGUUCACUGAAUGGACCUAUGGACCUAUCCAUGUGUCUCUCUAUGACUUGUCCUCUAUUGACAGCUUUGAGGAAAACUCUGUGCUGGAGAUUCUGGCCUACAGCAGUGACACACCAAAUCGGUACAAGAUGGUGGUUUUGGAGCCACUGAACAAACUACUUCAGCAAAAAUGGGAAACGUUUGCUUCCAAGAGAUUCUACUUCAGUUUUAUUUCAUACUUGUCAUUCAUGAUCAUCUUUACAGCCAUUGCCUACUAUCAGCCUUUAAGGGUAAAGCCUUCAUUUCCAGUGGAGUUCACAGCUGGAGGCUUCCUGUGGGUCUCUGGACUGAUCAUUAUCUUGCUAGGAGGCAUUUAUCUAAUUUUUGCUCAGAGUCUGUAUCUGCGGAGGAGACGCCAAUCUCUGAAGACUAUGUGCUCUGACAGCUGCAUUGAAAUUUUGAUCUUCAUCCAGGCAUUCUCAUUGCUGUUGUCAGCAGUGCUGUAUGGUGCAAGUUCAGAAAACUAUGUGGCAGUGAUGGUUUUCUCCCUGCUUUUGGGAUGGGUGAACAUGCUGUAUUACACACGUGGCUUCCAGCGCACUGGGAUUUACAGUGUCAUGAUACAGAAGACUAUCCUGAGAGAUCUGCUGCGUUUCCUCUUGGUUUAUAUGAUCUUCCUCCUUGGCUUUGCUGCUGCUCUGGUUACCCUGAUGGGGGAGGCUCCUGCAGUCUCUCAGAACAAGUCUGUUGCUCAGAUGGAGGAUGCUGGGAGCCAUGCCAUGUACGGCGGGCUAUUUAGUGUCUCUCUGGAGCUCUUCAAGAUCACCAUUGGGAUGGGCGACCUGGAGUUCCAGGAACAUGCCAGAUUCAAAUACUUCGUGAUGCUUCUGCUGCUUCUCUUUGUGAUCCUCACUUACAUUCUUUUGCUCAACAUGCUGAUCGCACUCAUGAGUGAGACUGUCACUGAUAUUUCUGGCUAUAGCAAGAGUGUCUGGAAGCUGCAGAGAGCUAUUGCUAUUCUAGAAAUAGAAAAGGCUUGGCUGUGGCGCCAAGGUGGAAAGAGGAGAUCUGGCUGCUUCCUUUCAGUGGGCCUCAAUAAGAAAGAUGAGAGAUGGUGUUUCAGAGUAGAGGAAAUUAAAUGGACAAAUUGGGCAAAGGAGGUGGGAGCUCUGAAGGAAGACCCUGGUAACUCCAAUGAUUCAGAAAUAAACCCAGAAGAGACAAGAUCAUGGAAACGGAUGCCACAGAAACAACUGAGAUCAGCUGUUCCAGAGGAGCAGUCACCAUUGCAGCCCCAGCUAUCGGCAACUGAGAUGAUGCCUCUAGAGGGACAAACUAGAAAUCUUUAGUGGGAUUUCUGGAUUGCAGCCUUACUCCCAUCUGUAAAGGAGUUCUUCCUGUAAUGGCUGGAAGAAUUGAAGGCAUUAUCAGUAUUAACAUGCAUUUCAUCAAAGACUGGUUCAGCCUGUGGCUUUAAAUAUUUUCAUGCACUUUAUUUCCUCUGAAGAAAUUAUUUUUACUCAACUUUCUUUACCUGACACUUAUUACAAUGUCUAAAUGUGCAAGAAUGAGAACAAAAUCACAGGGGCAGUGGGGAGUGGUCUGUGUCAGGGAAGGCAGUGCUUUGUGAGCUAUAUAGAAAUAAUGCUGUUUGCCAUACAGAAGUAAAGGAUUGCGUGACCCAUCUGAGAACAGGCUGACUGUUAUCCUCAUGUCACAAGAGGUUGCACUGAAGUGCUUUGGAAUAGAGAGCGUUGCAGAAGCAUAAAAUAUUGCAGUAUGGAGAUGGCUUCAGCGCAGAACGCUGAUGUGAGAUGUGUGGACAAACGUUCAGGCUUCGGUCAUCAAGAGCCACAUAACGGUCUUUGUCUCAGUACCUGCAGUGCUGGGUGUUUAGAACGUAUCAGAAUUCCCAUUUUACAGGAAGGUAAUUAAAUCAUUUACACAACGUGCUCAUUUUCUUAACAGCACAAAAGUGGUAUGAAUUUCUUGAAAUUGUAACUUAGCAAGCCAAAUUUCUGAAACAUCUGUCUUCCACUGAUUGUGUCUGUAGAAGACAGCAGUGGAAUCCUACAUGUAUGGCUUCUGAAAGAUAGAUGGGCCAAAAUGUGUAAUGUGGUUAACAUUUCCUGUCAGUCUUACCGGGCUUAUCUUGGCCUAAAUGACUAGAAGGACUUUGUUGUUCUUUGUAAUAUGCACACUGCUCCAGACAGGAUGGGAAACAUGCUUUAAAUUCUGUGGAAAAAGGAAAAAAAAAAAAAAA